AUGCAGCCAAUAGUGCCUGGCACUACCUCAGCUACGACUUGCUACUGUACGCAGACUACCAAGAGAGAUCUUGCAGCUUAUUUUCUCGUUUCAAGAUCCCGGGGACUUCGAUGCUGCCCGUCAUAUUUGCCGAGAAUGGUUCAUCGCCAGCUUAGAUUUCGGUUUGCUUUGUGGAAUGCUCCGGACGAUGCAAUGCCAGCAUUCAUGCAAGGCAGACCGACAACGCUCUCGCGAAAUUCAAAGCUCUCAACGCCCGAGUCAUGA